AAGUAGGGAAAAAAUCAGUAGCUUUAAAUACAUUAUCUUUUAUCCCCCUAACGAUCGGAGUUAUGCCACAAAAUGUUUCUUUUUUGUGUCUUCUCUUCUUGAAAUAUCAUUGUUACAUUUAUUACAAGGAUGGUUGCUUUUAUUUUUUCCAGUUUUUAUUAAUAUUUACCUCGCACAUUGAUCUUGUUGGUCAGCUGUAUUAAUUGCUCAUUUGUUGUUGUUGUUGUUCUUAUUAUUAUAUAAUAGAAAGAUUAUUACCCAAGAGAUUUUGCGCAGGCAGCUUUGUUAAGAUUUCAUUAAUACUUUUUCGAGACAUAAUAUUGUUUCAUUCUUUCUUGCUUUGAGACUAUCUUAGAUUAGUUAAAUAUAUUUUAAGCAAGCCUUUAAGAUUUUGUUGUCAAUAAUUCUACCUGCUUCAAAUGUUGCUCAUUAAAUUUCAAUGUUUCCACGGCGACAAACCGUGGAUUUCUUCUGCAUCGACCACCGCCGAGCUGUGUGUGCCUCCUGUUGCAUCAUCAAGCACAGAGAGUGUUCGGAGGUCAGAAAGAUGAAUGACGAAAUAGCUUUAGCGGAAAAUUCUCUGAAGGUUUUGACCAUCAGACUCGUUAAUGGGGAGCAGACACUGGAGCGCGCGAUAGCUCAGCUGGAAGCUCGUGUCCGCGACGAUUACCUCAGCGAACUAGAAGACAUAAAGCAAGCGAACAUUGCGUGUGACCGCCUGCAGAAGCUGGUGGAGGCUACUCGUGACAAGAUAAAGGAGACGAUCGGGUCAUCGCAUUUCAGAGCCAUGAAAUCCCUGCUAAGUGUCAAAGGCUCGCUGUGCUCACAGUUGUCCAAGCUGAAGGCUCACAAGCAAGUGGCGAUGCGAGCGACAACAGUUGCAGCGAGGCCUUCACUGAUCUACGCCAACGAGGCUCUGACAGACAGGGUCAACAACCUUGACCUCAACGCUGACUUUGAAGUGGAUGUGAGCACGAAUCCCUCGAUGAACAUUAGAGGCUGCGAAGAGCUCGUCAGACGGGUGGAGAAAGAACUGGCGAUGAUGGGGCAACAGACUAAAGCACCUGAGCACAUGACAACUGACUUCUGGGUUACCUAUGGGGAUCUUCUGGUUUGUGUAGGCACUGCAACUCACCUUCCACGCCAACCGCGGCAACAGCAUCCUGCUAACUCACGACAAGAAGACAGCAGAGCGGGUGGCUGCGGACAACGCUGUCUUUAGCAUGGGCGGCGUUGUGGUGUCGU